CAGUUCUUUAAAAGUCAGAGGGAGCGCUGUGUCCGCAGAAGAAGAUGGGCAGCUGUUUGAUUCUGGUGGGCCUUCUGGUGGCCAGCAGCUUUUCCAGCAGUAAAGCAUGUCUCAAUGAACUUCUGGAGAACGUGGACUUUCCCGGAUCAGACAUCACGUUUCUCUACUCUCCUAGCGUGGAGCACUGUCAGCAGCUGUGCACUCAGCACCACGCCUGCCUCUUCUUCACCUUCAUCAGGCCCGACUGGACCGGAGACAACAGGAUCUUUCACUGCUACCUCAAAUCCACCCCCUCUGGGCAGCCAUCUUCCCAAGCUCCUCUUUUGGGCGUCACCUCUGGCUUUUCUCUCAAGUCCUGCAAUCCAGACCCAAAGCCUUGUUUUUCUCAGAUCUUCCAGAACGUGGACUUUAAUGGCUCAGACUACAGAACCUUGUUCACGCCUGACUAUCAGGAGUGCCAGAGAGUCUGCACACAGGAUCCUUGGUGUCAGUUCUUUACUUUUAUAAAAGGGGAGUUCACAAAUCAAUACAUCAGAUUCAAGUGCCACCUUAAGUUUAGCUGGAGUGUCCCAAGGACUCCUAUUUUGGUAAAAAUCGCUGGACUCACGUCUGGAUUUGCCCAAAAAGCCCAACAGACUCAAGAACUUGGCACACCAUGUCAGAACCAGUUCUUUGCGAACACUGACAUUCCUGGAAGCGACUUUCACCAGGAGAAGUCUGUGUCCGUUGAACAUUGUCAAGUCCUGUGUUCGGCUCAUCCACAGUGCACCUUCUUCUCCUUCAGCAGCAGUGACUUCAAAUGCUAUUUGAAGAACAACGUCAACGGGUUAGCAGCUAAACCAAAAGAGGGAACCACGUCAGGCAUCCCGGCACACUUCUGUCAGCUUGAUGACACGUGGGUCAAGCAGAGCUAUGAAGGAGUGGAUUUCCGUGGCUCCGACAUUCGAUUCGAGCUCAUGGAUACAGCAGAGCUCUGCCAGUCGAAAUGUGACGAGGAUCCCAACUGCCAGUUCUACACCUACGUCGGUGAAACGGCCCUUUACCCUGUACACUGGCGUCGCUGCUAUCUGAAGAGGGUCAUCACCAUGCCAGCUCCUCCCAGAGUUUCCAGUCUAGUCAACGCUGUGUCUGGCUUCAGCCUGAGGGACUGCAGCAAGUCACCUGUUUAAAUAGACAGAAAACUUCCAGAAAUAAACUUUUAUUUUCUUUUGACGUAAAUUUUUUGUUACCUUCAGAAAAUGAGAUAUUGUUUUUUUGCUGAAGGUUUUGUUUUGAUUUCUUGGCACAUUUUUAACAAGAGUGAUUGUGAAACGGUUUGCAACUUUUGGAGAAUAGUUAUGUUUGUGCAGUUUUAGUCAGGAAAUAGGUCGUAGUGGUGUUCUAAACCAGCUUACUUAAAGAGGAUGUUUAUGUGCUGCAGUAAAAUCAGUUGCAUACGAAAGUCUAAGUUUGGAUUGAUAAGAAAAUAACUCAAAACUUCGUCACAUAGGCUGUUUUCACAUAUCCUAGCUGUGGGCUUACUGGAAAUAUCCAGUCAUUAUAAAUUGAGCCAAAACAAGAAAUUAGGGGAAAAGACACCAUUGGCUGAAAUUUCCAAAUACACACCAACAGGUUUUACGUCCUACAAAAGUUUUAUAACCAUUAAAAGUUGGGAGAUUUCAUACAUUUUGUAAGAUCUUGGAAGUUCUGUUGUGACUCUUGAAUUUGUUGAUGUGCUAAAUGAUUUAGCUAAAUAAAUCUCCCAAUUGGUGA